AUGUAACAGAUAUAAGAACUUGGGAUAAAAUGUCCUGUAAAUGAUCAUGAUUAUGCAUAUAUGGUUUGUUUAGAUAAAACAUGUAAAGAUAUUAGAGUGUUUUGUGAUUCAUGUGAUAGAAAAGGAGAACACGCUAGUUGUCGUAAAGAUCAUUAAAAAUUAUAAACAACAAUUUCAAAAUUUUAGGAAAUUGAAAAAGAAAGUGAAAGUUUAAAAUAAGAUUUGUUAUUGACAGCUAAGGAAUUAUAUAAACUGUUCACUUAAAUAAUUUAAAUAAUUACAAAGAAAUAUCAAUACUCAAAAUAGAGAUUGGAAAAAUUAAAUGCAAUACAAUUACAUUAAGCCUUAGAUCAUAUCAUUAAAUAUGAUGAAUUUUAAAAUAAAUAUUUAUAGGAAGUUAAGUAAUGUUCUAAAAAUAUGAUUUUGUAAUUGGAAAACAUAAUAGCAGAGUUGAAAUUAGAGAACAUAGUUGAUACACAAGAAUUAGAUCCUAAAGAAAAAGUAGAACAUUUUUAUUAAAAAGGAUAUCAAUUAUAUUCUGAAGACGAUAACUACGAAUAGGCAAUUAAAUUAUUAGAUUUGUCAUUACUCAUUGAUCCAAAUCAUAUUAAUUCUUUAUUUAUAAAAGCUGACUGCCUAAGAUUGCUUGGUAAUUACACUGAUGCAAUAACAUGGGCAGAUAAAGCUUUAUCUGUUAAUUCAAAACAUGUCGAUUCAUUACAUACAAAGGCUGGCGCUUUAUUAAUGCUUGAUAAUCCCAUAGAGGCAUUACGAUUUGCUGAUAAAGCUUUGUCAAUUGAUCCAAAGCAUGCCUAUUCAAUACAUAUAAAAGGUGAAUCGUUAAGAUUGUUGGAUUAAUAUGAGAAUGCCAUUAAGAUUUUAGAUCAAGCAUUGCAUUACGAUCCAAAUUAUGUAUAUUCUCUCGCGAGCAAAGGAGCAUGUUUAUAAUCACUAGAAAAAUAUAAUGAAGCCAUUUAAUCUUACAAUAAAGCUCUUCAGAUUAAUCCAAAUUUUUAAUGGGCUCAAGAUAAGAAAACUGAAUGUGAGAAUUAAUUAAAGAAAAACCCAUGAAUCAAAUGAUAAUUUUAUAUUAUAUAUUGGCAAAAGUCACUCAACCAUAUAUAUUUAAA